GUCGAAUAAGGUUCGGGGCGGUGGGUGCGAUCGGCAUCGGCUCAGACAAUGCCCCUGUCGACUCGAAGGAGCACAGGAAUGUAAGUCGUUCUGGCGACUCGUAGCUGUGCAUGGUCGAGAAUCUAGCCGCAACACGAACACGAUUAGCAUUUCGAUCACGUUAGCGCCCGGGCGAGCCGAGGCUCGUCGCGCACUGCAAAGUUUGUCUUCUGAUCAGAACACGAAAAAUAUCUGAAGCAGAAAACGAAAUACAGUGCGCAGAAACGUGUCAAGGUGACAUCCUCGUCGGCUCGGAUAACACACGACUGAUCGACUACAGUACCUCGACUGAACUCACUCAUUGGCUUACGAAAUCGAUGAUGAUAAGUAAACCACGUUUUUAAAACAUUGUUCCGAGCGACGGAUGCACUUUCUUCCACUACGGAAAGUGUACUUUCUCUCGUUCUAAGUACCUCAUCGCUGGAGCUCAUAUAAUUCGAGUAAUCUAUCAUACUUAGGAACAAGUUGAAGAUCUGACUGACGGACUGACCCUCGUAGGGUAGAUUGGCUGGAUGUUGCUGGAGGCCUGGGUAUGAUGAGCAGUAUUUUAAGAUUCUGCCAAGUCGUUGACACAUGACCAGUUUUAAUACCGCAGAAAAGCAUUUACUAUUGCAUUUUCUACAAUAUUUUGAAGCUUUGAUUCUCUUUUUGGUAACCAUCAGACAGUUGGAAUAGUACAUUACAAUGAGUACUCCCGUCUAAUCGUGUCUCCCAGUAAAUUCUGAGAUGCUGCCUCUGCUCCUCGAGCUCGAACUGGUGGUACUAAGACCCUGGAUAAACUGGCAUUUAACAACUCCCCACUAUUCUAUGCCGAUAUGAUAUUCUACGGCGGAUAAUGCGAAAUGUCAUCCCCUCCAGCCUUGCAAGCACAUUUGCUCCCUUUCUCGCCAUGUGGCCCGAGGAUGGGAGACUUGGUGACCCGUUGGAAGUCGCUAACGCUCGCGGCUAGGCCUCUAGCUGCGCUUCCUACGGUUUGGCUGUUCCCCCCGUCGCCUCGCCUCGGUGGUUACAUUCCCUCCCAGUCCAGCGGAGGCGCCCUGUGUCCGGCCGUCGAUCCGAUCCGCCGGUGGCGAGGCCCGGAGGCCACCCGUUUCUCGUUCCUGGCGGUUGCCCGGGCCCGUCCCUUAUAUUUGGCUAAGAAAAGGACCCUGGCCUUCUCCGCCUCGUCGAAAAAGAGGAGACCAUGUGAGAUUUGCGCUAGCAGAGACGGUCGCCCGCCAUGCUCCGAGGUUCCGUAUUAUUGUUGUCAUGUUGUGCGCAUUACAGGCCGAUGGAUAGCGAUGAGGUCCAAUCCCUUCAGACCUUUCAUGUCAUCUCAAGGAAUGUAUACUAUAGUUUAUUCCUGUGUAAGUCUCCGAUGAAUGAAUGUCUGGAGAAGUUGAUCAUUGCAAAUUCCAACUGAUCGAAUCUGUGCUGGUACGAUUCCAAGUAGUUAGCUGGCUCUGUUGCAUCCAUAGUUCCGCAUACUUUCUUAGCCUCACGUUGCACCUCACUGUCUAGCACACCUGUUUUUAUAUCUUACUACAGAUCUCGAGCGCUACAGAAUGCCAAGUUUUUCCUUCCAGCUUUGCCCUUAUCUACAACUUGCCAGUGUUGUGCGAGGCCGAAUAGAAUAUCAUUUUUCUUCAGAGCUCGAGAAUCAUUUCGUGUACGAGGGAGCUCAAUAUCUACAAUGGACAUCAUGAAUGGUGCGAAAAGUUCUCCACUUUUCUAUUGCUGCAUAUGCAAAAAGACUCCGGUUAUGAUCUUGUGAAAUUGAUUUCUUUCUGAACUAUUCAACAGCCUUUGCGAGUCUACAACUAUAUCUCUUAUUGUUCAUGCCUACAGUCGGAAAGAACGCUUUACCGCUGUAGACGCUAAGCAUGUGCUCGAGCUCAAACUGUCUCACUUCUCCCUCUGGCAUAUCUCGGUCAUUCAGAACGAUGAUUAGUUUUGUUUUAGUUUUUUUUUUCCCCAUCCUUCUCGAUGAGGACGAAGAAAUUCUAUACUUUGGUGGCAUACGGAACGAUAAAAUCUGGUGUGAGAUCAGUUUGGAAAAAUGCUUUGUUGACCAGAGAAACCCAUGAUUUGUUCAUGUGAUUUCCCCUCGAAUAUAGCUUCAUGUCUGAAAACAUAUUCUAAUCUAGUUAUCGGACAGAAACACACAUGUUUAGUUGAAUUUUCUAUCUUUGCUGGGAUCGAGUCUCACCGAAUUCUGUCGACACAGUAACUACCGAUACCCACAUGAGAUAUAUACUAUACGGAAUCUGCAGCAUUGACUUACAUCGAUUGGUAGUUCAAAAGAACAUUCUUCAAUGCACAGAAGAGCGUAAUACGGCCUUCUUCAGGCUCGAAGUAAAUAAGGAUCGGAUUUCUUUUAUCAAGACUUUGCGGACGAUACCGGUUAGGAUGAUUGACAUGACGCAAGUAAAGGGGGUAUGAUGUGUACAUAGUUAUGAGCUUGUCUUCAGUCAUCUUAGGGAGGUUUGGUGGCAUGUGGACCAUAUGGCACAAGGAGUAGAAGGAGGCGAUAACAUAGAUAUGAUAAGGUUUAUAUUAACCUAUUGGGACAUCGAACUCCGACGAGCAAGUUGAAACGAGGGAGGCAACCUUCCGUUUUAACGGAAAGAGAAGACUAAGAAAGAAAGCUGGACAAACAACGAUGUGAAGUAGUGACAUGAAGGACAAUCAAUGCAUGUUGAUAUUAGCAAUCCAAUCAUUCAGAUCAAGAUAGUUGGUAGUAGAAAACCAAUCAUUCGGUCUAGACUGUGGCUUUGAUGCCUCUACAAAUCCGUUGUUCUGAUAAGCUUUGACAUGGGCAGAAGAACAAAGAACA